AUGUCUGAGUCCUCUUUUCAAGACCGGAAGGUUCUGGCGCUUGAGAAGAAUUUUAAAGAUGUACAGGCCUCGACGAUCAAAAAGAUGCGCACCAGGAUGCUCGGCCUUUGUGAUGGAAUGGAGCUUAAGGCGCUUGUUAAUGGUAUCAAAAAACGGCCCAAGUUGUCUCUGGAGAUUUUCUUCUCGGCCAAGACGCAUAAACCAGGGUGUCCUUUGAGGUCUAUCGUGUCGGAGAGGAGCACCUGGCAGGAGGUGGUAUCUCGGUACUUACAGCGUCAUCUCUCAGAGGUCGACCUCCCGGACCCGUUCUUGGUUCGUGGCUCAAGUGAGGUCAUUGAAGGUAUACGGGCCUUUGAGAAAGGAGGAGUGAGCCUAAUGUCUAUUGACAUCGAAGAUCUUUAUUAUUCAAUACCUCAUGAACCGCUCUUCAGGAUCACCAGGGAUCGCAUUGAGGCACAUGGGAGUGUGAAGUUCCAAAACAGCUGUGGCACUACCGUUGACGGUUUCUUGGAGCUGUUGAAGUGCUAUCUUUCGUCUACGAUUGUUACGGAUGGGGCAGGCUUCUAUGUGCAAAAGAAGGGAAUUUGCAUCGGCUCUUCAGUUGCGCCUGUACUGAGUGACGUUUUUCUAACUGAGGUUGACUCUCAAGUGUCGGGUGUGUUGCCCACAGUGGUGGGGGUAAAACGGGCUUUCAGGUAUGUGGAUGACUAUUUAGUGCUUUUGCCGCUUGAUGCUUUGGGGGAGGUGCACGUCUGUGAGGAUAGGGCUCGGCAGGUGACAGAUGUGUUUCAUCGCUUCGGUGUUGGCCUGAAGUUCACGAGCGAAGUUGCUGUAGAAGGGGUCCUCAGGUUUUUAGAUCUUAGGUUGUGGUCUAGUAAGGAUCACCUGUGCUGGGGUUUUUCCCCAAGGUCGAAAAAGGCGUUGCUGCCUUUUGAAUCAGGGCACUCUAAGAUCGUAAAAAGAGGAAUUGUUAGGUCUUGUAUGGUUGCAGCUCUUAAUAAGUCAUGUUUGCACAAGGUUGCUGAGGCGUACACUCAGCAGUGUGACCGCAUUCUUCAGAACGGAUACCCAGUGUCUUUGCUCCAGAGUGUCUGUGACAAGUUACUGAGGGGGUUUAAGUGUCAAACUGUUACUGACCAGGAGGGAGAGUCUAGGCGCAAGAAGUUCCUUGUCGUCCCGUAUGUUCACUCUCUGUCUCAUAACCUAAAGAAGGUUGGGGAGCGUUUUGGUGUUAAUGUGCUGUUUUCAGCCCCCUUUAAGCUGAGCAAGUUAUCGGCGAUUGUCAAGUCUCCGGCACGGAAGCCUAUAUGUGAUGUCAAGCAUGUUAAGCCUUUUGUGUCCUGUCGGCUGGGUGUGAUCUACAGUAUCCCCCUCUCAUGUGGUCGAUGUUAUAUAGGCCAGACGGGUCGGUGCGUCAAUAUAAGGCUCAGAGAGCAUGCUUCAUCCUUGGGAGGCACACCCUCUGGUCAUCUUGCGUUGCAUUGCAGUAGAUGUGUGUGCAACCCGAUGUUUCAAGACACUGUAGUUGUUGCGGUGUCCUCUAAUGCCUUGACUAGAGAAUUAGUAGAGGCCUAUGCUAUCAGUAAGAUGGGCGUUAAGUGUGUGAGUCAGGCAUCGGUAACAUUAUCGGAGAGGGAGAUUUUCUUCCUUGAUAGCAGCGGGUGGAGGCCUCUUAUCGCUGUUUGGGAUGACCCUGACUGA